CACACACACACGCACGCACAGACAGACAGACAGGCGGGCUGAGCGACAGACAGGUUAGCAGACAGACGGCGGAGCCUCAGCAUCUCUCAGCAUGUCGGUGUCGCCCGCCCUCUCUGACCUGUCUCGCCUCUAUCAGACGGAGUUUGUGCGCAGCGCCCGGGCGGUGGGUGUGCUCUGGGCCGUCUGCACGCUCUGCUUCGCCAUCAUCCAGGUGGUCGUCCUGGUGCAGCCGUCCUGGAUCGGCACCGCCGGCGGACGCCACCAGGGGGCGGGGCCCGCUCCGCCCAGCGGCACCCUGGGACUGUUUGAGGUGUGUGUGGAGACGGACUGGCCCGUGCCGGACUGCCGUGGCGGUCUGUCCAGCCUGACGCCGCUGCCGGCCUUCCAGUCGGUGGCGGUGCUGGUGGGCGUGUCUCUCUGGUCGGUCUGGACCAGCGUCGUCUGUCUCUGCCUCUUCAGGUUCUGUAACGCCGCCACCGUCUAUAAGAUCUGCGCCUGGCUGCAGCUCACCGCAGGAUUCUGUCUCGCUCUCGCCUGUCUGCUGUUCCCAGACUCCUGGGAGAGCGCCGAGAUGCGAGCUCUGUGUGGAGACACGGUGAGCAGCUUCUCCCCGGGCUCCUGCUCCGUCCACUGGGCCUACAUCCUGGCCAUCCUGGGCGUCCUGGACGCCGCCAUCUUGGCCACACUGGCCUUCGUCCUCGCCAACAGACAGGACGCCCUGCUGCCGCCCGACAGCAAGGAGGUCACCACCGGCCUGCUGAUGUCAGCCUGACCAGCCAGGAUGGUUGAUCUCUUCUUCCUCCGCCGUCUACAUCCAAGAAAAAUACAAACUCAAGCUGGAAAUCGUUCCUCUCCUCCAUGUUCUGUUCUCAUCAUCACCUGGUUACCUAGCAACCGUGUUUGCCCUCCUGUUGUCAUGGAGACGGCAGUCAGGUGAGGGCGUCUGUGCUCAGGGAGGAGGCCGAGGUACGGGGGAGAGAAGGAUGGGGAGAGAAACGAGGAGUGGAAAGGAUGGAGGGAUGAAGAGCAGAGAAAGGAGAAAGA